AUUUCAGAUCACAUUUGACGAUUAGUUUAUCAGCAUCUCGUCAGCCUCACUAAUGCCAGUCACGGAUUGUCGUGCAUAAGGCUUACUCUCGUCGUCCUUGAUUCGGGGGCGGAUCGAUCGAUCUCGAGAAAGCAUCCAUUAAACGAAAGAGGGGAAACGGAACAGAAAGCUGCUCAAAGGGGGAAAGAAAAAGAAAAGAAAAGAAAAAUGGCCCAGGAAUUCACCCCUGACGCAGGCAUUGACUUUGCCUUGGAAACUCCCCGCGUGCUUCAUAAACUGCAGUCACUUACAGCACUUGCACGGUUUGAAUUCGAAGCAGGCAAAGGCAAUGAGGGGACCAAAAUUUUAAUGGUGGAAUGGGAAGACGAUGACGUGACGAGAUCGCCCGUUGGAUUGUGGCAUGUGUCCUGGGACAAGAAGCGUACUGUCCUCCCCGCAGAUGAUCGGACUAACGACCACGUUCGACGAUGCUACUUCUUACUUCCCCCAGGAGCAACCGUACCGCCUGUCAUCACCCUCACCUACGAGCCUCCACCAAAUUCUGCGGAAACGGUGAAAAAGAACGGUGACUCGAUACUAAUUAAUCCGUUGCCUGCCAUAUUCUCUCCAGAGCUAGGGGCAACGGCGAGAACGGCGGGGAAAAAAGGGGUCCUACAUACUAUCUGGGCAAAGAAAAGACUGCAAGUCUUGGACAAAGAGAUCAGGGAAGAAUCCCAGCAUAACUCCGAGGGAGUAGCGCUCGCGAUGGCUUUGCAAGAAAAGGAAUGGAUAGAAGCUAACUUUGGGGUUGUGGCGCGACCUGCGAUGCCGGCUUUGAACGUGUCUACUAAUAUCGGCUCUGUUCCGCUGAGUCCCAGGACACCUUUGUCCCCAGGUGGAAGCAAGCUAAGCGAGAAAUUAAAAGGAUUGAGGCUCGAAACAAGCGAGAAGGACCUUGCCAGAAGAGUGACAGCAAACCCACCAGCGCCCUCUGACACCAACGCAGACUUGCAUCCCCUAUCCCCAGAUGAACCUGACGUCGCAAUCUCCUCCUUCAAUUCCUUCGCCAAUACCCCUGUCCACUUCUCUCCCCAACAGCAGCAACAGCAACAACCACCACCACUAGCAAAGGCCAUCUCGCUGGUCCCUCCAGCCUCGAUACAAGACCAGCAAUCCCAGCUCAACACAUUUGCUUCUGUCUCCAUGCAUCCAAUUCAUAACUUCAAAAAUGGCAGCUUCUCUGGGGCUGCGGAGAUAGAUUCCGGAGAGGGCCUUUUUGCAAAGGCAUUGAGCCCACGAUCUCCAGAUAUCCCGCGGAGCCCAUUUUCAUUUUCUCCUGAAGAAACACUACCAUAUGCGAUGAAAGCAAGCAGAUAACACGUAUGAAUUCAACAUGAACAUUAGCCCCAUUUCGACUAACUUCCUCAUUCUGAUUCCUUCUACAAUAGUCGAAGUGUGCUAUCUUAACAACAUGUUGAUGAGUAAAAAGGACGAAAAUAGGAAAAAGGAGAAACAAAGAUCAACUUUGGAAAAAAAGUAAAAAAAAAAUAAAAUAAAAUAAAAUAAAAUAAAAUAAACGGAAGUACGUUCCGUGGUAGGUCAGACCUCCUCCUUUGGGCUUAUUCUUCGACUUUUGUUUGGAUUCUACGGAGUACUUGAUGACUUCUCGUCUCUCCCAUAUAUGUUCAGCUAUACUGUUGCGAUGAAUACAGAGGUGCUUUUCUCCCCAAUAGUACGCCCUCUUUGAAUAACUCCUCAACAGCACACUGAGGCCUGCAUGGUUGUCUGUUUUGGAAUAUGGGAAAUACAGCAU